AUGCUCUAUUCUGCGCCUGAUCUUGAAACGCCCGAACAGCAUUUCCCCAUGAGACCAAAAUAUGUUAGCCUCACUCUCAGAGUCGUCCAACCUAGGGCGAACCCCAACCAGCGAAUCCCUAGGGAUUUUCUCUUGAGCCCUUGUUCCCCACUCAUAGAAUCUUCAUCAACCCCUCUCCAGGAUGGCUCCUCACGAGUUGUCCUGACCUCCCACCCAAAUGCCUCAUGCUCUCCACUUUUUAUCUUCUUGAUACUCCUCGGCACCAAGUCUUGGCGGGAGUUACUCUCUGGCAUUGGACUUCUCCCAAAAAGAAAUAAUGCAAUUCCGAAGGAGGCAAGAAAUUUUGGACUGGGUGAAACAACAUAUUACGUGGUACUGGUGUGCAGUGGCAUAAUCUGGCAGUGUUUCUACCUGGGUGCGAUAGGAGUCACCUUCUCUGCUUCAUCCCUACUCUCAGCGAUCAUCAUCGCCAUGUUACUCCCUGUUACCGAAAUAUUAGCUGUAAUUUUCUACAGUGAGAAAUUUCGAGCAGAAAAAGGAGUUUCCCUUGUUCUUUCUCUUUGGGGAUUUGUCUCCUAUUUCUAUGGCGAGAUCAAAGAGAGCAAGGAGAUCCAAAAUCAAAAUCCAGAGACACAAAUGCCACAGAUCAAUCAUGCUCCAUGA